AUGCCCUUAGCUCCCACAAACUGCUCUCUAUCACAGCAGCAAACCUCUACUUUGCUAUACCGUAUGAAAGCCAUGAUCAAAGCAUCUAAAAGGGAUAGAAAGGAACUUCUUAGCUUCUUUGUUGGAUGGAGAAUCUGGAAAAUGAGAAAUAGGUUGCUUUAUGAGAAUAAAAGAGAACAUAUUGUCCAUGUUGUUCAUUCCUCCAUCUCAAAUUUUCAAUUAUGGCAGGAGGCGAAUAGUUCAACAGAGGAUAUGGACACUAUAACAAAUAAGCAACCUAGCUCACUCCAAGAAGUUAUUCCAGAAGAAGCAGAAUACUAUUGCUUGACAGAUGCAUCUUGGAUAACACCGGCAACCACUGCAGGUAUAGGGUGGUCCUUAUUCAGAAAAGAAGGCACUCUAGUCACCCAAGGUAGCUCUGCAAUCUUGCCUACUGAAACAGAUUUUCAAGCAGAAGCGAUAGCACUGUGUAUGGCUGUUCAGCAAUUGAAGGCACUUUCCUAUAAGAGGAUAGCUUUCCUCAGUGAUAAUAAGCAGAUGGUGAAUGGAACCAAUCAGCUUUCAUACUCAGGAGUUAGAGCUCCCGAGAACUGCACUGAAGCAGCUAUAAUCAUACAAGAUAUUCUCAACUUAUCAUGGGGUGAUGAAUUUUCGUACCAUUUUGUUCCUAGAAAUUUUGUAUCUAUAUAUAGCUGA